AAGGAGGUCUCGGAAUGACGUCACAACAAAAGAAAAGAAAGUCGCCACGAAGAGGAAACAAAUAUUUAGCAGUAAACGAUGAUUGGCAGACUCGAAAAUCUCUAGCAGAAACCAACCUGUACAUGCUAGACAACAAGAUUGUUUGUGACGUCACGUUCCGUGUUGGCACAACAAGGGAGAUCAUUCAAGCUCACAAGUUCAUGCUGAUCAGCCGUAGUCACGUGUUUGCCGCCAUGUUCACUGGUCCAAUGGCUGAAAUGGGCGAGGUGGAUAUCCCGGGUGUUGGCGUCGAAAUUUUUAAUCUAUUUCUCAGGUUUGUGUACACGGAUGACGUCACAGUUGACUCUGAUAACAUCAUGCAUCUACUGUACCUGGCCAAAAAGUACAGCACAGGAAAGCUGGAAGAUCUUUGCCUUAAGUUUUUAGAAACAUCAUUAACAGCUGAGAACGUUUGCACUAUUCUGGAACAAGCCAAUUUCUUCAACGAAGAUGAGCUACAUAACAAGUCUAUGACGUAUAUCUUAGAAAACGGAAAGUCGACUUUGGAGUCACGUGAUUUUCUGAAGUUAUCACAGAAGUCUGUACUGGAUGUUGUGAAGUCUGAUGACCUCCAAGCAGACGAGAAAGAAGUAUUCCAGGCUGCCUAUGAGUGGGCCAAGCACCAGUGUGAGCAGAAACACGUGGCCAUCAAUACGGAGACUUUACGAACACAACUUGGAGACAUCGUCCAGCAGAUCCGCUUCCCUCUUCUGGACAGAGAGUUCUUUGUUCAGACGGUUCACCCGAGCGGCAUGCUGACAGCUGAGGAACAGUUGGUGUUUCACAACCAUGCUACAUGUAACACUCUUCCUGUGGCGCCAUUUUCUGAAAAAUCACGAAACAAAAACACCAAAGCCAAUGCUUCAUUUGUUUGUACGUCCUGUCAUAAUACUAAUCAGGACAAUUCCUGGAAGUGUAUCUACUGCAACGUAUGUAGAUACUGUAGACGUAAUAGUUCAGAAACCUAUAUACAAAAUCAAACUUAUGGUCCAGUGUGCUCUUUUCAGCCUACAAGCAGCUGUCCGUACUGUGGCCAUGAUUAAGUAUGCUUUCAACCUGGAUCUUCUCAUCACAUCUGCUAUCUGUAAAUGUUUAAGGCUCUUGAGGUUUGGACUGAAUGUUUUACACAUAAUGUGUUGUGUUGUACUCUUAAGUGUAUACACCUAUUUAAACAGCAUAGGAACUGUUGAUAUCAGUGAACUGUAAACAACAUAAUAAAAACUUGUAUGUAGUAUUGACGUAUUACUCUUAAAUUUAUUCAUUUGUUCUACGACACAGAUGAACUGUUGGUAUCAGUGAAGUGCAGAUUAAUAAUACAAACUUACGUUGUGUGUGGUAUUGGCGUAUUACUCGUAACUGUAUUAAUAUGUUUAAUUAGACAGUUGGGGAACUGUUAGUGUCAGUAAACUAUAGAUUAAAUAAUAAAAAACCUGUGUUGUGUGUGAUAUUGGCGUAUUACUCUUAACUGUAUAGACUUGUUGUACGAUACCAGAGGAACUGUUGGUAUCAGUGAAAUGUGGACUUAAUAAUAAAAACGUGUGUUAUGUGUAGUAUUGGUGUAUCACUCUUAACUAUAUAUACUUGUUGUACGAUACCAGAAUUAACAAAAUUGUCUUUCCAGGAACCUGAUCCCACCUAGAAAAAGGGCUGACUCUCAUUGUUGUUGUUGUUUGUUUGUUUGUUUUUUGUGUUUUUUUCAACAAUAUUGUUUUUUUGUGUUGGGUUGGGGGGGUUUCCCGAUUUUUUUUUAUUUAGGCGAAGAGAGUAGAAAUAUGGUUUUAAAUAUUAUUAAUUAUAUUUUUUUAGAAACCAAAC